AAGGGCAGCAGCAGCAGCAACACGACCACCCCGCGCCAGCGCCAUAUAUACGGGGGGAUGCCCCCGCGGCGCCGCGCCUCGGCAACACGAGAGAGAGCUGCCGUCCUCGGCCGAUCGAGCGGCCGUCCCGUCCCGUCCCGUCUCGCCACCCCGCGCGGCGCGUCACCUGUCGGGAGGCGCUUGCUAUCUCGGCGGAGCCAUGGGGCGGUCGCCGUGCUGCGAGAAGGCGCACACGAACAAGGGCGCGUGGACCAAGGAGGAGGACGAGCGACUGGUGGCCUACAUCCGGGCGCACGGCGAGGGGUGCUGGCGCUCGCUGCCCAAGGCCGCGGGGCUGCUGCGCUGCGGCAAGAGCUGCCGGCUGCGCUGGAUGAACUACCUCCGCCCGGACCUCAAGCGCGGCAACUUCACCGACGACGAGGACGAGGUCAUCAUCCGCCUGCACGCCAUCCUCGGCAACAAGUGGUCGCUGAUCGCCGGGCAGCUGCCGGGCCGCACGGACAACGAGAUCAAGAACUACUGGAACACGCACAUCAAGCGCAAGCUCCUCGCCCGCGGCAUCGACCCGCAGACGCACCGCCCGCACGGCAGCGCCGCCGCGGCGCACCGGGCGGCAGCGCUGCUGCACCCCGCGACCGCCGUCCCGGCUCUCGCGUCCGCCGCGAAGCCGUCGCCGGCGGCGUCGUCGUCGGACGACGGCGCGCGCAGCAGCAGCAGCACCAGCGGCGGCGCGAGCGCGGGGGAGCCGCGGUGCCCCGACCUGAACCUCGACCUGUCCGUGGGCCCGCCGCCGCCGCCGCCGGCCGACACGCCCACCUCGCGGCCGGUGUGCCUGUGCUACCGCCUGGGGCUCCGCGCCGGGGAGGCCUGCGGCUGCCAGGCUGACCAUCCGUCGGGCACGCAGGGGUUAAGAUAUUUCAGGCCGUUGGAGCAAGGCCAGUUCAUAUGAAUCGCCGUGGGACGUCCAUCGCCGAGAGAGGGAGGGAGAGAGCCGCUCGAUGUGUUUAGAUAGCUUCACGGCAGUUUGCCAGUUUGUAAGGACAGGCAGUUUUCUGAAGCAACGGACAGCAAUGUUCAAGAAAGAGAAAAGCAACAGGAGGUCGAAAGAUCUCCAGUCUUGCCGU